CUGCUCCUUUUUAUAAAAUAUUCCCAAAUUCACCCACACUGCUACCCAUACAGUUUACUCCUGCGCCACAGAAGAUUCUUUGAGGGAUCCUUUAACAUCAGCAGGAGGGCAACAUUGAUGAAACAGGACAUGCGCGCGCAUGAAAAAUUUUACAUUUCACUUUUCUUUGGGCAGAAAAAAGUUUUCUUUUCCCCCAAAACACGGGAAAAAUUUUCUUUUUGUGGCAAAGACAAACUUGGUGAAAAUUCAUGCAAAAUAGUGAAGAGUUCGGGGCAUAGUGCAAGAGGUCACGAGAAGUGCAUACCACAGUGGGAGAAGGAAUCAUUUUUGGGGGGUGAAAGAAAAACUGUUGGGGUGAGCUUUGUAUGUCCAUUGUAUCAGCAACAAGAAAAGCACAGAGAGUUGGAUUUUCACAGGAGGAAAAGUCUGUCUCAGAGGACACUAUGAGCAUCCACUGAUACACAAGGGUAAUCGUGAGCACUGCCGCUGUGGAAUUGUGAUAGAAAUUGGGGGUGAAAGGUGCUUGUGAGGUGGUGGAAUUUCCACUCCUUGUUCGUCAUCACACAGGAGGAUAAAAUCGAUUUUUCUGCACCAUCACGGAAAAUUCAUUCUGUGCGUGAAAACGGCCACACCGUAGCGCCUAAACGGAGGAAUCUGCUGUGUGUAAAAGGGGGCACAGCGUUGUGGGAGAUUUUAAGUGAAAUUGGAAAAGUGUUCGGGGAGGGAAAAGGCAUUGUGGAUGUCGUCUGACGACGGAAGUGACUACCACAAGCAUCCACAGUCACUAAAAUCCACCAGCUCAUCUUCUGCCACUGCAUCCGCACACCCAGACAGCCUCAUCGUGUCUCACAAUGGUGGCAUGUGCGUCAGUGUGGGCUGCAACACCACAAUCAAUCGCCGGAAGGGCUCCACCACAUCCCAUGGUGGAGCCCACUUCCAGCUCGCCCCACCUGGGCAUUCCAGCCUGAAGGAUCGAGACACACAAGAUGCCACGUACGGGAACAUUGUGUCGCCCAGUCGAUACAUUCCUCCGGAUCAGUAUCAGCUGACAGCCCGGAUUGCAGCAACAGCUCCACCACCGGAACGCUUCUCGGAUGACAUCGUGACGUGCUGCCUGCCACCACCAUCGCCGGCUCCCAAUAGUGAUCGUUUCGUCAUGGGCUUACCAUCGCCAUCGCCAUCUUCAACGGGAGGCUAUGGGGAGCAUGGUGGGACACGCUACUCAGUCCACCAUCGCACCCUGUCGCCCAAUUCGCGCUAUCGGGCCUCGUACAGUGACCGCUUCCGCGAUGUGUCGCCAAAGUGUGAUCGCUUUGUGCCGCCACCCACUGCCCACUAUCUCGCCAACAGCACGCCACUCGCCUCCACGGAUAACUACAGUUACCUCACGUCCACGGUCCACACGCCCGUGAAGCGAUACGUUCCAACACCGCCUCCUCCAACAGCCGACGUGUACAGCGACUCAUCCGUGUCUGGGGUUUCAUCAGCCAGCAGCAAUGCCCUCUGCCCAGUUGGCUACUCCCUACCCCCUCCUGCUGCUCAGCCACCAAAUGGAAAUGCCGGUGGUGGUGGGACGUUGCGCAACAACGUCCCAUACAGGCUGCGUCUCAAGUGCUGCCUCAAUGAGCAUCAAAUGGCAGCUGUGGGUGCCAAUGGGGUGGCCGAUCACUACGCCACCCCACCGCGUGUGCGACCCAUUAAAUGCCCCGCAGCACCCCCGUGCUCAGUCACACCCACCCCACGCACAGGGCACGAUUACAUGCCACGUACCCCGAGUGUGGAGUACAUGGGCCCAAAUGCAGCACGUGUCGUGACUCCCGUGAGUGUGAUGAGUGAGCCAGGGAGUGCCAGUGCUACGUGCACUCACUGCAACACAAUGCGACGCACAACUGGGGUGCAUCAGACAACACAGACCACGGGUCCCAUUAGUCCGGUACCGCCAUCGCUGCCCGUUUCUUCCGCAGAAUCCUCCCAUUCGGAACUCAGUGCUGCUGGGGACUCCACAUCACCACCCAGUCCACCGUCAACGGCAUCUCUUGCCUCAAUGUCACUACUGCCACAGUCGUCUGCGCCAACAGCUGCUGCCACACCCUCAGCUUCCGUUUCCCAGGCUCCCAUUUCGCCAGUCCCGUCGCUUCUCAAUCAACAGCAGCAGCCAACUCUCUCAUCUGCCGAUGAUCUCUCAUCCCCAGCUUCUUCCCAAAAGCAACCACCGCAGCUUCCGCCCCAGGAUCGUGGCAAUCAGGGCAUGCUCAACAAUCGCUCGUUGGUGCUACAUCAUGGCUCCACGCUCACCCUCCAGCGUGGCACAUUGCGUCAUCCUCACAUGCAGCAGAUGCGCAUCUCACGGAAGCAACGCGUGAAGAACUACAUCCGCCACGAAUUGGCCAAAUUCUUCGGGGUGGACACAGUUGAUGAGGAGCACGAGCGCAUUAAGUGGUCAGAGCGUCAGAAGCGUCUAGCGCUGAGACGUUUUGGGCCGUUGAAUGACAAUGCCGAAGGUGGGGGCUUUGCAGCUGGUGAGAGGCGGGAACAGCAUGGAGAUCGUCCGGAUAUUUUGCCGGCUCAGACGUCGGAGGAGUUGAGUGUGCGUCACCUCAAUGCAGACAGGCGGGCAACUGGGGAGGCUAUUGAGAGAAAGGCAUCUGUGGCUAAGAUGGCUUGGCAGGGAAUUUCGUACAUCAUCCAUGCGCUGAGCAAGAAGAAUCCCCGAUCAACAUUCCAGUGGUCCAGAAGUUUCGCCCCGUUGCACUGCACAAGUCAGGAGGAUCUCAAUAGUGACAUGUGCGAGGGGUUAUCUCCCCUGCAGGAGGAUGAGGUCUUCUUUGAUUCCCCCUCAACUCCGGGAGCUCCUCCUGCUGGGGGUGGAAGUGUUGCAGCUGCAGCUCGGCAGGCUCAGGGUGGGCAGAUGAUGGACAAUGCAAGGCCAAUCUACAUGGGAGAACGCGUGCAUGGAUGGCGAACAAAGUCAACGGAAUCCCAGCUAAUGGGGCAGCGCAGUCGUGGCCAGAGAAUUUCAUCGCAGUGUCUCGAUGGCGUUGUGGAUAAUUCCCGGUUUGAACUUCUUGCAUUGGUAAAGAACUCCUGGACUUGCCUUAUGUUUCUUUUUGUCUCUUUCAGCCGCCCUCUGACGCAUUCCCUGAAGCUCCUUCGUCCGCAUGAGCUAGAUGAUCGCCAUGAUUACAGACCAUUCUUCACGUACUGGAUCAACACCGUACAGAUCCUCGUGCUGAUUAUCUCACUCAUUUGCUACGGCAUUGGACCCAUUGGCAUUGGGAUGGAGCAGAAGUCCGGGCAAGUGCUCGUGACGAGCUUAUCGUUGCAGCAGGUGCAGCAUCAGGAGCAACGGAAUGUGUGGAUUGGGCUACGGAAUGAUGAUCUUGUGCAUUUGGGCGCCAAAUUUGCCGCCUGUAUGCGGCGUGAUAAGAAAAUCCUGGAGGUGAUGUCGAAGACACGCCGGCAGGAGCGUGAGACAGCGUGUUGCAUUCGAAACGACGACUCCGGAUGUGUUCAGAGCUCUCAGGCGGAUUGCAGUAUACGCGGACUCUGGCCAACAAAGUCCAUUUCAACGUGGAAAAAAUGGUCGCCAGGCGAUUCGGGACCCGGCGGAAGGAUCAGCGGCUCCGUGUGUGGCCUAGAUCCGAAGUAUUGCGACGCUCCGGCUUCCAUUGCGCCCUACGAGUGGCCCGAUGACAUCACCAAGUGGCCAAUUUGUCGCAAAACAAAUGCUUUCUCCCAGCGUUUCCGCUUCAAGGAUCACACGGCUGAGCACAUGGUGUGCGAAGUGAUUGGGCAUCCGUGCUGCACGGGCGUGUACGGGGAAUGCAGGAUCACAACGCGUGAGUACUGUGACUUUGUCAAUGGCUACUUCCACGAGGAGGCAAGCCUGUGCAGUCAAGUCAGCUGCCUCAAUGAUGUCUGUGGCAUGUUCCCAUUUAUGGCGCCCAAUUUCCCCGAUCAAUUCUAUCGCUUAUUCACGUCACUCUGCCUGCACGCCGGUGUGCUCCAUCUCGUCAUCACCGUUGCCUUCCAACACGUUUUCCUCGCCGAUCUCGAGCGGCUUCUCGGUCCCAUACGCACCGCUGUGCUGUACAUUUGCUCCGGCAUUGCUGGCAAUCUCACCAGUGCCAUCUUUGUGCCCUACAAGCCAGAGGUGGGUCCUUUGGCAUCCCUCGCGGGGACGAUAUCUUCGUUGUCAGUGCUACUCUUGCUCAUACAUUGGAAGCAACUGAAGAAGCCACAUUUAGCCCUAGUAAAAUUGUUAAUUAUCAUUGGCACGUUGUUUGGCAUUGGGACACUUCCGUGGCAGCAAAAUUUCGCCGGUCUCAUAGCGGGGAUCAUCUCAGGAAUGGCGCUGACUGUGGCACUCGUUCCUUUUGUUAGUCUCACCAAAUACGGACGCAAGAGUAAAAUUAAUCUCGUGUGGUCAAUAAUGUUGUUCUAUUUGGCCACCUAUGUGGCGAUGUUUGUCAUUUUCUACCUGUUCCCGUCAGCCUUCACCAAUCUCGGCUUCGGCGACGUGAUCAACGGUGGGACCAGUUUCGGGGGAAUCAACAAUAUGCACGGGAACGGCGUGGGUGGGGCUCCGGGGGGCGCCAGCACACCCACAUCCGGCACUUCCGGAACUGGUGGCAGCGUCAACGGUGGCACCAAGCAGAUGCUCGUGGGGCAUGCAUGAAAGUAUUUUCACGGAGUUGCCACACUCCGUCGGAACUUCCGGUGAGCGAAAGAAACCUUUUUUUGUCGUGAUGGUGGUGGUCGAUACACAUUAAUAAUUUAAAGAAGAUAAAAAAUGAAAUGAAGAAGAAACUUAAUUAUAAAAAAAAUUAUAUUGACAGAAAUGGAAGAGAAGUGUGGAGGAAGAAGAAAAUAAUUAUGUAUUCGUGAAAUCAAUAAUUAAAUGAAAAAAAUAAUUAAUUUAAAAAGAAAGAAUAUCUAUAAUGAUUAUCGCGCACUUGAAGAGUUUCUCAAUACUCCCUCUUCCACCCCCGAUGUCACUUGAAACAGGUACGGGGUGGAGUUUUUUCCUCUCUCUCCUAUUUUGCCGGAAGGUUAAUUUGUUAAUUUAAAUAUUUAAUUAUUUUGCACUAAAUGAAUGAUUUUUUAAUUGCAAAAUUAAUUAUAAAAGUAAUAUUUAUUAAUUUUGAUUUAAUUAAUUGACAAAAUGAUAAAUGAAAAUUAUUGUUAAAGUAAUAAAACAAAUUGAUGAUGAAGAAUUUAAGAAAAAAAAGAAUGAAAAGCUUAGGAAAACGAAAUUUUUUGUUAAAUGUAAAAAAUCACGUAAAUUGAUGGAAUUUUCGCAAAGAAAAAAUUAUUUGGGACGUCUAUGUAAAAGCUCUCUGUAGCAUUAUGUUCAAAACUUAUAUUAAUUUUAGUUAAUUCAGGACAAUUUGCAAGAAGGAAGCAGUGAAAAUAUUCUUUUAAAAAUGAGACAAAAAAAUGUUGAAAUAUUUAAAUAAAAACGUGGAAAUAUGACUGAAAA